CUCUGCUUUCAUACAGAAGACGUCCUUGUCCUCGGGGAACAUGACUGCAGAGGGGUGUUACCAAAGAAUUGUAUUAAAAAGCGGGUGUAACCCACCAUCACAAGUGCAGAACUCUCAGACCAGGGAAAGUGCAGCAGUUGCUUCAGUGUUUUUUUUUUUGGGGACUAAAAUUAAAAGACAUUUUGCUUUUGAGAGAGACUUCGACAGCAGGAAGAAGAGAAGAAGCUGAGGACGGUGAAUGAAGACGACACAGAAACAGUGAACAAAACGAAAGUCAAAAGACGCCCGGGGACGAAGAGGAGGAAGAGGAGGCAGCUGAUGCCAGAGAAGAGGAGCAAGCGACUGAGGAAGAAAACAAAGAGAGUGUGAACUGUGCAGCUGCAGCCGGAGCACAGAGCCACUAUCAGGCGGCCGCCGACACACGCGCGAGUGAAGAGGUUGAUGAUUACGUCUCCAUUCAAAUGGCGAACAGGAUGUUUCAUGAAAGUGGCGACGAUGGCCGAUCAGUCAUGGGAAUGUUGACGGUGCAGGUGGAGCGGGACCCGAAGACGGGGGCCACCGUCGUCAGAUCUGUGGCUCCCACAUCAGCCGGGGCCGGGAGGGUCCACACUGUGUUCGACGACGGCAGGAAGAGCAUCCACACUGUGGGGGGGUCAGGAGGUCAACCCUCGACCGAAGAGCUCGGGCAGAUCCUGAGCGUCAUCGACGGGGUCGGGAUGGAAGCGCUGCUGGACGAAGUCACAGUCGUUCCGAUCAUGACGGAGGUGAAGACUGGGAAUGUCGAAGCCUCCGGGAUCCCGAAGGAAAAGCUCCCGUCUCUGUCCACCCAUCACGCCGCGUCUAAAGACAACAACGUGCAGUUAGACGGAAGCUACGACUUCGAGGACGCGCCGAGCGUAGAGGACAGCGGUAAAGGAGAUGACAUCCUGGCAGUUGGAGACGUGGGAAUAGAGGACGUGGACGAUCAGAGGUUGAAGGACGGCCCCGUGACUCUUUUGUUCCUGGGAUACACGGACGCCACAUCUGGCCAAGGUGACGACCAAGAGGGCGAAGAAGGGAUGCUCACUGCGGAGCGAGUCAUCAUCACCGAGGACGGAGAGGAAUACGUCCUAGAACCUGAAACUGCUGCUUCAACUCCGUCAGAGUCAAACGAGGCAGAAGAGCCGGAGGCGGAGAAGGAGUUUCUGGACGUUCACCUGGAAGGAGCUGGAGCUAAAGUCCAGAGAGAGGACGGGGACAAAGGGCUGCGUGAACCAUCGUCCCCCAGCAAAGCAGAGAUAGGAGACACAUCCAAGCCCAAGACCUGCAAGUGCUGCUCCGUCAUGUAAGAGAAAGACUCAUUGGACUUGAUCACAUGUUUCAAACCACUGUGCCUCGUAUCACACACCACUGCUGCUUCAAUGAUCAUUUAUCUGAGUGCACACCAGUAUGAGCCCAACAUGGUCCCAGUGGUUCUGUCCCUCAGCUCGGACCCCUUCACUUUGUCAAAGAACCAGAGCGUCGGGAUGUUUAGAGACUUUUUAAGAGGCGUGAUUAAAGAUCCACUUCCACCCCCUGGUGGACAAAGUUGAGCAUUUCAAUAUGCCCUCCUGCAGCUGUGAAGCUGCGUCUCACCUCAAGUGACCUUUUCUUUCUCUCUACAUUGGGAUUUUGUCAGAUGCCUUAAGAGCCAGAAACUAUUCCAUAUGUUUAAAGGUGCUUCCUCCAGGAAUGGAAAAACCAAAGAGGACUGGGAGAGGAAGGAAUCUGCAGUUUGUGGCAUUAAGAUGAUUAAUCAUGGUCUAAUUGAAUUGAAUUAAUCAAUCAAUCAAAUGUAAUUGUAUAGCCCAUAUUCACAAAUCACAAUUUGACUCAUAGAUCUUAACAAGGUGUGACAUCAUCUGUUUUUAACCCUCGACAAGAGAAUUCAUUCUUGAUUAAAGAGAAUCUGAAACAUCUGAGGACAAGAUGAGUCGUUUCUGAAGGUUUGAUGUGACCUCAUAUUUCUACAAUCUGGGUUAUGUCCUAUUUACUGACGUGUUUUAUAUGGUAUCACUGUGACCUGGUAUAAACCUGAUUCAUUACAGUGGUUGUUUACUGGAAUAUAUGCUUAUUAAAGAUAUAUAUAAUUGUG